GACCGGCAUAGGUGGAGAUGCCGAAAGAUCGAAAUUCAAGCGGCAUUGGAGGGCGAGGAGGGGAGAGAUACUCAAUAUCGGCGGAUACUAUAAGAGAAGAAGGGAUAUGAAACCAUCGCCAGUUAUAUUGACUUUCUUUUAAGCGACACGUGCAUACGCAUAUUCCAUAUAGAAGGAUACAGAGAUUAAAAACAGCUUUCCUCGAGAAAAAAAAGAAAAGAAAAAAAAAAUAAAUUUACUGACAUUAAUAAUACUAACAUAUAAACAUGGACACAUCACCUACAAUACCACCUCCGCAUUCCAUGUGACAUGAAUAUAUCAAAGUAACUCGAAGAAGUUACUCGAUAACCGGGGACAGACCUUGUUCAUUUUUUAAUUGACCUUGUCCAUGGAACCCAAAUUGGAUUCCUCGUGAGUCAUUGUAAAAGACACCGAUAAUUCGGAAUUCAUCCAAUGAUAUCAUCUGGAAUUCAUCAAGAGUGACAAAAAAAAAGGAAAGAAAGAGAUGUUUCGGAACGAAUGAAUGAAAGAAAUUGGCAAAUUGAAAUCACACGAAGUCGGAUAGCCGCCGCGUCCUUAAAGGCCGAAGGUAAAUCAACGCUUCUUUGUAACUGUAAUCUCUAAAAAGAAAGAAAGAAGAAGUUCCAUAUCGAUGUACAAAAGUUGCGUCAAGCAUGGAUGAGAAUUCAUCCUGUCAAAAACAUCUAGACGAAAUGACGCAUACAAAAUCGACCGCCUUGAAAAGCAGUGAAAAUGCUCAAAAUGAGAACACCAUUAUGGAUACUUCUGAUUGCAUUAAUAUUAAAUGCAUAUACAAAUGGGCUUCCUUACAAUCAGAUUCCUGAAUAUUACACAUCACAACAAUCAUCUUGGUAUAAUAAUAAACAGGAUCAACAACAAGAUAAUAGCUUUUCUAAUGUCUCGCCACACAUUUUGCAAGAACAACAAGUCGGCGAAUUUGGCACGGGUUGGAAUCAAUUAAAUCCUUCAGUUUAUAUUAGUCAAUCUGACUUAUAUUCUGGUUCAAUAUCUCAAAACACAGACGUAUCAGAUUUUAUUACACUUUCUCAAACAAACUUAAAGCAAGGAGGAAUAACCGAUGGCGGAUUAACUUUGUCUUGUAAGGGAGAUAAUAAAAUCUGCGUAAAUAAAGAUCUUUGCAUAGAUGGAUACGUUAAUUUCAUACAAAAAGAAUUAAUUCGUGAUAAGCAGCAGAUUCAACAAUGCAAUCUCAAAUAUGAAAUAUGUUGUAUCUUAAAAGAUUAUUUCGAACAAUCACCAUCUGAUGUUGGUGACACAAGUAUUCCUUUCCUAGAACAUAGUGAUUAUCUUGAUGUCGAUCCCAUAACUAAUAAUCAAGAACAUAUUCGUCCAGAACAAGUAGAUCAACAAAAUCUUUUGAUCGAUUUAAGUCCAUCUCAGAAUGUAGAAUCAACAAUAAAAAAUGGUGUUAAACAGGUUGUAAUUCAACAACAAAUUACUGAUUUUAAUAAAGAUACAGAUAUAAGCUCAAGUACUGCAGUACCUCUACAAUCAUCAAUAAGUUCUAGCACUAAUUUAGAUCAUGUAUCUACUAAAGGUUCUGCUGAAGUACAGCCAUCAUCGAAUUUACCAAAUUCAAGAUUUACUGAUUUCCAAGUACCAUUACAAUUAGGAUGUGCAGCAGCUUUACUUUGUGUAGAAGAACAAUUUUGUACUAAAGAAGGAGUAAUUAGCACACAGCCUAUCACAUUUACAGAAAAGGAUAUUCUACAGCGUGUUCCAUUAAGUAGUUGUAAAAAUUCUGAGAAUGGAAUUAUUGGAAAAUGCUGUCGUGAUCCGAAUUAUGUAGAUCCAUGGCCGACGGGUAAUUUACCAGCAAAUUAUUCUGGUGGUUUUGAUGAACAAGGAUUUCCAACAUUUUUAAAUAUAGCAAAAGUACGACCACCAAAGAAACCAACUAGUGCCACAAAAACAGCAUCAACUAUUAAACCUUCAGUGAAACCAACUACAUCUAGCAAUGAACAAAUUUUUACUUCUAAAUCAUCUAUUCCAACAUUAUCCACGCUAUCAAAUGAGAAUAAUUAUGAAGUUUCUGAUUCUUCUAUUCAUACAACUAAACAAAACACUGGACCAUUCUAUACUCCACAAAAUCCAUUGAUAUCAAAUGAAACACCUUUAAUUGUACCAAGACCAUUCACAAGUAAUAUCUAUAAUACUUCAUCCAGCAAACAAAAUUCUGUAUUGGUUCCAUUUGGACAAAUACAGAAUAAAUGUGGAGUACGAAAUAAUGUUUUACAUACAGAAGAAUUAGAUAACCCUGUAACAUCUUUUGGUGAAAUUCCAUGGCAAGCAAUGAUAUUAUCAAAUAAACAUCGCAGUAUAUUAUGUUCUGGAGUAAUAAUAACACCAAAAAUUGUUUUAACAACAGCUUAUUGUGUAAAUGGAAUUACACCACAAGAAGUUUCAGUAAAGUCUGGAGAAUGGAAAUUAGGAUAUGAGCUUGAACAUGAAGAACCACUUCCAUUCGAAAUAACAAAUGUAUCGUCUAUUGUUAUUCAUCCAAAUUAUGUACUGGGAUCUUCUGUGAAUGAUAUUGCAGUUCUCUAUUUAGAAAAUGCUAUAACAUACAACAGACAUGUAAAUCCAUUGUGUCUGUCAAAUUCAAUUGAAACUCAAACAUUAAAUAAAUGCAUUGUAACAGGAUGGGGCCAAGCAAUAAUUAAAGUACAUGCACUUGGUGCUAUUAUGAAUAGUCUUGAUCUUGACAUUUUAUCACCUGAUGUGUGUAUGCAACAUGCAUCUGGACAAAAAUAUAAUAUAAAUAUAGAAUAUGGUUCUAUAUGUGCAAAAUCACAUAAUAUAAAUCAUAAUAUGUGUCAAACUGAAAUUGGUGGACCAUUAGCUUGUCAAAGAGAAAACGGAAUCUAUGAACUUGCUGGACUUUAUAGUCAGGAUAAUGGUUGCUCUCCUACGCAUCAAAUUGCAAUAUUUACACCUAUUGACAAUGAUUGGUUAAAGAAAAUGAUAUAUUAUAAUGAAAAAAAUAUAUCUUCUCCAACAUUUAAUACAAAAGACGACUUGUAUGACUAUAGGAAAAGCGAUCUUCCAUCCGAGAUAAAUCAAUAUUUACCACCAAUCUAG